CGACCUCUCCUCCGUAAACAAGACCAUAAGAGAGACGCUUCAUGGCUUUGGACGGGCGGUGACGCUUUUGCAGCAUCUGCUGCACCCAGGAAUUUCUACAAAACACCCACAUGGGAUAAGCUAUUCCACUCACAGCACAGAAUGGCUGUCCGGCAUAUCACUGCCGGCAAGGCAUUCUAUAUCCCUUCUUCCGGAGCGUGGACUGCGAAACCGUGUCUUCGAUGGCAGCACUAUUACAUUCCACCCACCAUCUCGACAAGACGGACUCUGGCCACUCAGUCCCCGAAGCCGAAGGAUGUUGCCUCGAACACACAAGAGCAAUCCAUCGGCGACCAUGCAUCAGACUCAGCUACCUCGAAGUCCUCGGACUCUUCGUCUGCCUCUGAUAUCUCCUCCAUGCAGCGUCCGACCCCGACCAGCAGCACCCCAACAGAUUGGGAAGAGAAUCCGAACUUUGAUAUUUCACACUUCUCCCAACUUCCUUAUUCAAACUUCGGAGUCAAUCAGCACAUGGUGAUCAACGAUGAGUUUAAGGAUGCAUUGCGGCAGAUUCUCUGGCAGUUUCGGGCCCCGAUCAGAUAUGCCUUUGCGUAUGGCUCUGGCGUAUUUCCCCAGUCAAAAGCGGUUAAGGCCACACCCUCAAGCGCCACCUCGAUACAUUCGAAACCGCCAGAGGCGGUCGUGAAAGCUCAGGGCGGGACGCCGAAGAUGAUCGACUUCAUAUUCGGUGUAUCAUACACACAGCACUGGCAUUCUCUGAACUUGCAUCAGCACCGUGAUCAUUACUCGGCACUCGGGUCACUCGGAUCAGGCGCUGUGUCGGCCAUGCAGGAUAAGUGGGGAGCUGGUGUAUACUUCAACCCCUUUGUAACGGUCAAUGGCACGCUCAUCAAGUAUGGAGUUGUGAACCUCGACACACUGUGCACUGAUCUCUCCGAAUGGAGGACGCUAUACUUGGCUGGACGGUUGCAGAAACCAGUCAAAAUUCUACGAGAUGAUGCCCGGGUCCGUCUCGCAAACCAGGUCAACCUACUAUCUGCAUUGCGAACGGCUCUUUUACUCCUUCCCCCAUCUUUCACCGAGCAAGAAUUAUACAGCACUAUUGCAAACAUCAGCUAUAUGGGUGACCCCCGAAUGUCUCUCCCAACAGAAGACCCGUCAAAAGUCGCCAACAUCGUGGGAAAUAACCUUCCUCAUUUUCGCCGCCUCUACGCCCCCCUCAUCGACAAUCUCCCUAACGUCAGUUUUAAUGAUUCGAAAUGCUCUAACCCCGACUGGAGCUCAGAUCCCUCGGCAAAUGUUCACCUAGUCCAAGACAUGGACCCCGUGAAACGAGGAAACAUGGUCCGGCGGUUGCCCAAGGCAUUCAGAUCGAAACUAUACUUCCGAUACCAAGAGAAAUAUCAAAUUCCACAACUCGAAUUCAACAAAAUGCUUGAAGAGACGAAGGAUGAAGAUUCGACUCGGAUUAACAGACGUGAAGGCGGGGGUUUUGAGAGGAGGAUUGCGAGUGAAGCACCGGAAGAUUUACGCACCGAGGUCAGCAGGGUCAUCAAGCAGACGAUUGGCUGGCCGAGUACGAGCCAGAGUUUGAAGGGCGUCUUCACAUCGGGAAUCUCGAGGUCAUGGAGGUAUAUGAGCGAGAAAAUGGCGAAACAUAGGGAAGGAAAGCGGAGCGCCUCCAAUCAAUGAAGAUGAGCCCUUGGCGAAUGUCGUUUUUCCCGCCCUGCCUAGCCUACUCUUGACAUUGUUGGCCAAGCUUUAGUGGCAGAUUCAAUAGUUGGGCAACAGCAUUUGUCUGUUGUACUCCAAAACAUAGCCGGGAGAGGCAUACGCUCGUAUGGUCUCAAAUAGGCAAGACUUGAGUCAUUGACUCAUUGGGAAACAUCUGAGGUAGUGUUCUGGUUAAAUAGGAGAUGAUGCUUCAUGUCAGUCUGGGCAAAAGAUUUGAAGGGCUGCCUUGACGAUUUCCCUUUUGUGUAAUAGUAGUGUACAUACGGGCCGUCGUUCAUUUGAAUGCCUAUGCGGCCGCGGCUAGACUAGCAUAUUUUCAUUUGUUGGAUGGAAGGGAGGGCGGGCUGGUUUAGACAAGGAAUGGGCGGAAGAGGAUUAGAGGUACUCCCUGUACCUGGGGUGUUUGUUAUU